CUGGAACUCAACAACCUCCACACUUCUCUGCAUCCCCCAACUAUUCCUCUAUCAAGCUUACAGUGUCUCUUACCUCACACGUUAUCCAGCUUCAUCAAUACGUACCCCUCCCUCGCUUUCAUCAUGCCUACCUGGUUCCGGAAGGGCAUCGAACGUGGCACUAUCAUCACCCUCGACCAGCCCGGUCGUUCGCGAUGGCAGAUCCUGGAGAAGCUAAAUGAGAAUGAUUUUCAGCUCUGGGAAGCUGAAUAUAACCGGGGUGAGCGCUUUUCCCUCGGUGUCACUAAACUUCGGUGUCGCGACCUGAGGGACCACAAGGAGGCCUUUAUGCGAAUCUAUCUCCAAGUCCCUUAUCGUGGUACUGAGAUGGAUGAUGCGGACACGAGAGCUAAACAGGCUACGACACUUCAACCUCGAGAGCUACUCGCCUAUGAAGAUCUUACUUGGCACGACCUAGGUUUUACUCCGAAGCUCUUGGGAUCUAAAACCUCAACACAGGAUAAGUGGGGGCCAGUCCCAGGAGGGUACGCGGUCUACCUGGUGUGGGAGAAGGUGCCAGGGGUACGUCUCGGUACCAAAGAUGGGUCCAACGUGUUCUGGGCUUUGGAUCAUGCUGAAAGAGAAGAAAUCCGGCUACAGUUUGUGAAGAACUUCCACGCACUGGAGGCAAUUGGAUAUCAAAACGAUACCCCUGCGCUUAGUAGCCUGGUCUGGGAUAAGGAUUCGAAAACCCUUUACUUUAUCGGAUUUCGCCAUCGCAACAAGGCCGCGGGCCCACCCCGAGGCAUCGUUCCCGACGAGAAAUGGAUCGCAUAUUAUGAGCUCGCCAAGCCGAACUCGGAUGCAUGGCUCAAAGAGGGAUGGAACCAGGAUACUACUGAAUGGAAAUGGUAG